GCUAGUUGUUUUCUGUGUCUGACCUGAAGCACUGCAAAACAUGCACAAUUUGCGUAAACCAAGUAACCUGUUGAUUUUUGAUGGGUUAGAAAUAUACGUUAAAGAUUGAAUAAUUUCUGAAAAUACUAAUACUUAAAAUUCCUAUCAGUUUGAUGGUACUAUUCGCCAGCUCAAAAUGUUUUAAUUUCAGUUUAUUUGUAAUCGUUAUGUGAAUGAGCAAUGUGAAAGCUGUUAAAAUUGCAUGAAUAAUUCUGAGUUAAGUGCCGGCGCAUCAAAAAAAAGUGAGCAUAUUGCUUAAAACUUCAGACUUCAUACACAUUCCUGCAGAACGGUUCUGGGAAUUUGAACAGCAGAGAGCGGAAUAUUAUCAGAAUCUAAAUCUGGUGUUGCAUUCUGAUUGCUCUGCUUGGUGGCUCUCCCAGUGUAUGUUAUUCGCCUUCAUCGUAGUCUGCCCUUCAUACUGCUUGAACGUUCUGCUGGUAGUAGGAUUCUAUGUACUGAAAUCGAAAAGCUUCUUACCCCAGCGUUGCCAUAUCGAUUCCUGCAGGGCGGUGUUGGCGAUUCGCACCACAUGCACGAGCCGGAGUUUUGUCAGUUUUGACUGCGGCAGCAAAAAAGAAAAAUCGAAACGGUUGUCUGUGGGUUCAGUCGAUGCGCUGACUUGCAGACCGCUGCUGGAGGUGACAGUGACCGCAAACUAAGCCAAACUGAAAUCAGCCAAACCUUCUCGGUCAGACAGUAGAACCAUGCGAAGAAGCAAUUCGAGGAGCUUCAUCAUCAUUCCGUGGAAUUGAAGCACUGCGAAAUGCGAAACUUGUUCCCGCGAAACAUGAUUGUAGUUUGGUUGCAGGGUAGAUUUUUUUUUCGGGCGACUCGGCAGUGUAGUGACAAAGUCAGUGCCAAUAUAGGAAACUCGCGUCCGUCUUGCUCAUUUGCAUAACUUCGUGUUUGUACGCAUAAACAGCGGGAGCGGAAGGAAAAAGCACGUGAUUUUCAGUUGUGUUUUGUGCUGGGGUCUGUGAUAUGCUGUGCUGUAGCAUAGAAAAAAAAAUCAAUUCAACCAGAACGAUCGGAAGAGAUCCAUUCAGUGGUGUUUACAUUCCAUAUGCUACCGUAUUUAACAGAGCUAAUGUUUCGAUCAAUUCCAAGGAAGGCAUGUGUAAUUCGUAAUGAGGAAGAACAAAAUUAUGAAGUGCUAUGAAUGAAUUAAAUCCUACGUGUUUAUGUGAUCGCAGUGUUUUGUGAUUAAUCUGUGUUUUGUAAUUACGAAAACGUACGAAAACCGGCGACAUCCAGUGAUCGAAAAUGGGUUUGGCAUCGUCGAAAGCAGCCAGCAGCAUAGCGGCCAGUAACGGUGGCACCGGUGGCUCCAAAUUUGGCAGCGUACUCGUGGAAACACACCAUCCAGAUAUCCAACAGCCCUGUUCACUACUGCCGUCGCCAUCGAGCGGCAUCAGUAGUAUUGACACAUGGAAACCGUCGAGCUGUCACGUACGUCAAGCCAGUAUCCGGUCACGGAAUCUACAACCGAUGCCAGAUAUUGGCGAGUUGGAUCGACGGUUCGCCAAAGUACUGGCAUCCAUGGAUCUACCGCCAGACAAAGCAAAAUUGUUGAAAAACUACGACAACGAAAAGAAAUGGGACAUAAUCUGCGACCAGGAAAUGGUACACGCGAAAGAUCCUCCAGCACACUAUCUCACGAAGUUGCGGACUUACCUAGAUCCCAAAGCCUCGCGAAGUCAUCGGAAACGAAAAAUGGUAGGCGAAUCCACCUCGACGCAGGUCCUGCGAGAUUUGGAGAUCUCGCUGCGCACCAAUCAUAUCGAGUGGGUGAAAGAGUUUCUGGACGAUGAGAAUCAGGGCCUGGAUGCGCUGAUCGACUACCUAAGCUUCCGGCUGGCGAUGAUGCGUCACGAGCAAAGGAUACAGGAAGCAAAAUCCGAGUCGGACGAAGGACUAAAUCCGAAGGAUACAACCCUCACAUCGUAUGGGAGCAACGAAACGAACCACAAGCUCGGUUUGAAUGGGUUCAUGCGACCGGGACUAAGCGAUAUGAUGGACAGCCCUAGCGUGCGGAGAAGAUCGAGGCAUAUUGCUAAGUUGAACAUGGGUUUAACGACGGACGACAUCCAUGUCUGCAACAUGUGCAUGCGAGCUAUUAUGAACAAUAAGUAUGGAUUCAACAUGGUGCUACAACAUCGGGAAGCGAUCAAUUGUAUAGCGCUCAGUUUAAUCCACAAGUCGUUGAGGACUAAAGCUUUGGUCUUAGAAUUACUAGCAGCGAUUUGUCUCGUUAAAGGCGGUCACGAAAUCAUAUUAUCGGCAUUCGAUAAUUUUAAGGUAGUUUGUUCCGAACAGCGUCGAUUCCAGACGCUGAUGGAGUACUUUAUGAACUAUGAAUUGUUCAACAUCGAUUUUAUGGUGGCUUGCAUGCAAUUUGUAAAUAUAGUGGUACAUUCCGUGGAAGAUAUGAACUACAGGGUGCAUUUGCAGUACGAAUUUACUGCGCUCGGAUUAGAUGAGUAUCUGGAGAAACUCCGGCUGACGGAGUCCGAAGAGCUUCAGGUACAAAUUUCAGCAUAUUUGGAUAAUGUAUUCGAUGUGGCUGCCUUAAUGGAAGACAGUGAAACGAAGACUGCCGCUCUGGAAAGAGUCAAUGAACUGGAAGACGAAUUGGGUCGUGCCUUAGAUCAGGCUAGUGAAAUUGAACGAGAAGCACUUUUCAAAAUAGGUGAACUCGAAUCAGAACUAAGUCAGACGCGUGCCGAACGGGACGAUCUGUACAACAAACAACGAACCGUCGAAGAAGAUAUUACGAAACUGAAGCGUGCACUGAAAGAACACGAACAGGAGUCAAAAAGCCGACAGUCGAUGUUACUGGAGCUAGAAAAUCUCACCAAGACACUACCGAAAGGUACAUCGAUUGCAGAUGUUUCCAAUCUGCUGGCAAAAGGUGGAAAGCUGUCGGAGCUUAGUCCGACGAGUAACGGAACCGAUAGAAAUGCGCCACCAGUUCCACCUCCACCAGCACCCCCAGCUGCUCCUAUGCCACCACCACCUCCAGCUCCACCAGCUUUGCCAAGUUUGAACGGUGAUGCUCCUCGGGCACCACCUAAGCCACCUUCCUUCAUUCCACCGCCGCCGGCUGGUCCGGGCGGCUUCAUGAAUUUCGGUGGAGCUAUCCACUGCACUGAUGGUGCCAUGACGAUCAAACGCAAAGUACAAACCAAAUACAAACUGCCAACGCUCAACUGGGUGGCACUGAAGCCGAAUCAGGUACGCGGAACGAUCUUCAAUGAGCUCGACGAUGAGAAACUGCAUCGGCAGAUCGAUUUUAUUGACUUUGAAGAACGGUUUAAGAUCGGCAUGGGUGGUCCACUGAUGAAUGGAAACUGCGAUAUGGACGGUCUGUCUACAUUCCCCAGUAAGCGUUUCAAGAAACCGGAACACAUUUCGUUACUGGAACACACGAGAUUAAGAAACAUAGCAAUCUCUCGUCGCAAAUUGGAAAUCCCCGCUGAAAUAGUAAUCAAAGCGAUCAACAAUCUCGAUCUCAAACAGCUCUCGUUGGAAAACGUGGAGCUACUGCAGAAGAUGGUGCCCACUGAUCAGGAACAGAAGCUCUACAAAGAGUAUGUGAUAGAAAAGAAAGAUUUGAAUCUUCUGACUGAGGAAGACAAGUUCAUGUUGCAGUUAACUAAGGUGGAAAGAAUUUCCUCCAAACUGUCAAUCAUGAACUAUAUUGGAAACUUCUUCGAUUGUUUGCAUUUAAUCAACCCGCAAAUUUACGCCAUUAUUUCCGCAUCAUCUUCGAUCAAAUCAUCGAAAAAGUUCCGUUCGGUGCUGGAAAUUAUUCUCGCGUUCGGGAACUACCUGAACAGUAGUAAACGAGGACCAGCGUACGGGUUCAAAUUGCAAAGCUUGGAUACCUUGUUGGAUACCAAAUCCAACGACAAGCGCAUGAGCCUGAUGCACUAUAUCGUGGCAACGAUUCGGCAAAAGUUCCCGGAGCUAAUGAACUUCGACGCCGAACUAUUCUGCGUCGAUAAAGCAGCGCAAGUUUCUUUGGAGAUCUUGAUCACGGACGUAAGCGAGCUGGAAAAAGGCAUGGAAGCCGUACGGAAGGAAGCUGAUCUGCGAGGGAAGGGCACUCACAAUCACGUGUUACGAGAUUUCCUCAACAAUUCCGAGGAGAAGCUGAAGAAGAUUCGAACUGACUGUAAAACUGCUCAGGAUUCGUUUAAAGAGUGCAUCGAGUAUUUUGGUGAAUCAUCCAGGAGCGCAGAUGCUAAUGCAUUCUUUUCUCUGCUAGUCCGAUUCGUUAGAGCAUUCAAAGCAUGCGAUCAAGAAAACGAGCAACGACGUCGGCUGGAGCUGGCUGCUCUGCAAGCAGCAAACAAGAAGGACGAAAACGAACAAGUUGUUCUUAGGAACAACAAGAUCAACAAUCAGAAAAAGCAACAGGAGGCUGUCAUAAACGAGCUGAAGACAAAAACCAACUCGGUUCGGGAGAAGAAACUACUCCAGCAGGAUGAGGUGUACAAUGGAGCCCUAGAAGACAUACUGCUCGGACUGAAGAACGAGCCGUACCGACGGGCGGACGCUGUUCGGAGAAGCCAACGGCGACGGAUCGACAGUAAUCGAUUAUCGCGAACCAUGGAAGAAUUAGAGUUCUAGUGAAAGAAAGAAAAAACAACCAAUGUGAUUGAUUAACUUUACAAAUCCGCACAACGCUAUACAAUGCAUACAAAAGUGCACGCACACGACCACUAAGACUUUCCUCCUCUCUCUAUCUUUUGCUUGUAUGAUUAUCAACAUAAUUUCAAACUGAUAAUUUUUGUAUAUACACAGAGAAUUUUAGUCAUAGGUUUACAGAGAAAACAGUGAAAGUCUGGAAAAACGUUGUUAUUUUGUCUCUAUCUGUAAGUAGUCUUUUGUUAAUUAUAUUAAUUCAGUACAUUUUUAGUGAAGUUUAUGCCUCAUUGUGUACAGAUAUUUUAAAUAACAUUUUUAUCAUGUUAUAACAAAUAAAACUCUAAAUAAUGGGGACGUCUCGUAUGCACAAAUUUUAAAAAUACAAAAU